UACUAAUAAAUUAAUCAUGAAACUAUUUUAUCUAACAUUAUACCUAUUGUAAGAAGAAAAAAAUAACAAAAAACUCAGUAUCUAAUUUUAUUAUUUGCUAUAUAGGUGACAUUUAAAAAAAGAUGGAAAGGAUAAACAAACAUGGCGAAGGAGUUUGAUGGGAUCGAAGACGAUUUGGAAAAUUUAAAGGCGUUAGUGAAAAAAUCUUUUGCUCGCAUUUAUGUAUCAUUAAAAGCAAGGGAAUUGAAAACUUUAAGACAAAUUGAUGUUAUUAGUAAACAAUGCCAGGGAAACACAGAUAUAAAACGGAAUUGUGUGCAAAAUAUUCAAAUAAAUUAUGACAACGAAACGACACUAAUAGAUAAUAUAAGAAAAUACGGAGCGGUGGAAUUUGAUAAGCUUAAUUUUGAUAAUAGUACUUUUAUACUUGAAGAUUAUGUAAGUCCUGAUGAUGAUCAUAUGUAUUUAUAUAAAACAAUUGAAGAUGUAACGAAUAGAGAGGAUAUUAAAGAAUUAGAAACAAUAGAAGAGGCAGCAUUGAAAGAAAUCACUAAAACUGAAGACUGUGUAUGCUUUGUUAAUAUUAGAUCUGAGGAUGUUGCAAGGAAAUUUCGUGAAGUAGAGCCUGAGACGACGAGUAAAGAAUCCAAUUGUAGCGAUGAAAUUAAUUUGCAUGUGGUAGGUGGCAAAGAGGUGGAAAAUGAAGAUCCUCCAGUGGAAGAAAAAAGUGAAAAUAUUGACGAAGAAGUAAAGAAAAUUGAACCUACGGAUGAUUGGCUUAAUACUAUUAAAAAUCAAACAGAGACUGAACCUUCUCAAGUAACAGAUGUCAUGGAACAUAGCACAAUAACCUGCUCUUAGCAUAGGAUGAUAAUGGCACUUUACUUAAUUUUUAUCAAUUUCAAAUAAAUUUUUAUAUUUUACUUAGAUA